UGUCAAUCAAAGGCAGAGCUCUCAGAGCUGGGAAGGAGGCUCUAGAUGGCGGCUGUGCCUUAGAGAGAGCGCGCUCUGCUCCCUGCCUUCGCCUCACUUUACGCAACUUUCCCUAACUUUCAGGCAGCCUCAGGGGGCCCCCGCAGCCCCCUGCCUGUCCUAGUGACUUACUGGGGUCGAUUCGAACCUUUUUUAGGGAGAAAAGCAGCUUUUGGGAGCUUUCUUUUCGUGCCUUGUUGGAAAGAAGCAGCCGUACUGAGAGCCCAGGUCGUUGUUUUUUCCAGCUUAGAAGCCAUGGCGCACCUCCAUUUUUGUGCGCUCUCCUAAUGAGGUUUUUUUUCUUCCGGACCCGUUUUAGGAUUAAUUGUUGCUGUAUUUUUUUGACCAGUUAACAUAUUUGAGGAUAAUUUUAUUUAUUUUUUGUUUUUUAACGGAGAAUUUUGUUUUUAUUUUUAAUUAUUUGGAUCUGAUAUUUUUCUACUACUAGAUAGGACUCUUGCUUUGGACCUACUACAUGGAUCAGUAAAUACCUGGGCACAGGACUUCAAAGCAAACACAGAUUCCCCCUCCCCCUUAAUAUUUAAGAAUUAAAAGAUGAUGAGAAAUAAGGACAAAAGCCAAGAGGAGGACAGUUCGCUACACAGCAAUGCAUCGAGUCAUUCAGCGUCUGAAGAAGCUUCGGGUUCAGACUCAGGCAGCCAGUCGGAGAGUGAGCAGGGCAGCGAUCCAGGAAGUGGACAUGGCAGCGAGUCAAACAGUAGUUCUGAAUCUUCGGAGAGUCAGUCAGAAUCUGAAAGUGAAUCGGGAGGUUCCAAAUCCCAGCCAGUUCUUCCAGAAGCCAAAGAGAAGCCAGCCUCUAAGAAGGAACGGAUAGCUGAUGUGAAGAAGAUGUGGGAAGAAUAUCCUGAUGUUUAUGGGGUUAGGCGGUCAAACCGAAGCAGACAAGAACCAUCACGAUUUAAUAUUAAGGAGGAGGCAAGUAGCGGGUCUGAGAGUGGGAGCCCAAAAAGAAGAGGCCAGAGGCAGCUGAAAAAACAGUCUUACGUGCAUGUUCUUUCAAGCUUGUUUCCUGUGAAACCACUUCUCUCCAGUUUGACUGUAGAAAAAUGGAAACGGGAGCCCUCAGAAGAUGAACAGGAACAAGGCACCAGUGCAGAGAGCGAACCAGAGCAAAAAAAAGUGAAAGCCAGAAGACCUGUCCCCAGAAGAGCAAUGCCCAAACCUCGUGUUAAAAAGCAACCUAAGACUCAGCGUGGAAAGAGGAAAAAGCAAGAUUCUUCUGAUGAUGAGGAUGAAGAUGAUGAAGCUCCCAAAAGGCAGACUCGCCGCAGAGCGGCUAAAAAUGUUAGUUAUAAAGAAGACGAUGACUUUGAGACUGACUCAGAUGACCUCAUUGAAAUGACUGGAGAAGGAGUUGAUGAACAGCAGGAUAAUAGUGAAACUAUUGAAAAGGUCUUAGAUUCAAGGCUGGGAAAAAAAGGAGCCACUGGAGCUUCUACUACUGUAUAUGCAGUUGAAGCUAACGGAGACCCUAGUGGCGACUUUGACUCUGAAAAGGAUGAAGGCGAAGUCCAGUACCUCAUCAAGUGGAAGGGCUGGUCGUAUAUCCAUAGCACGUGGGAGAGUGAAGAGUCCUUACAGCAGCAGAAAGUGAAGGGCCUAAAAAAACUAGAGAACUUCAAGAAGAAAGAGGAUGAAAUCAAGCAAUGGUUAGGGAAAGUUUCUCCUGAAGAUGUAGAAUAUUUCAACUGCCAACAAGAGCUGGCCUCAGAGCUAAACAAACAGUAUCAGAUAGUAGAAAGAGUAAUAGCUGUGAAGACGAGCAAAUCUACACUGGGUCAAACAGAUUUUCCAGCUCACAGUCGGAAGCCGGCACCUUCCAACGAACCUGAAUAUCUAUGCAAAUGGAUGGGACUGCCCUAUUCAGAGUGCAGCUGGGAAGAUGAAGCCUUGAUUGGAAAGAAAUUCCAGAGCUGCAUCGACAGUUUCCAUAGUCGGAACAACUCAAAAACCAUCCCAACAAGAGAAUGCAAGGCCCUGAAGCAGAGACCGCGAUUUGUGGCUUUAAAGAAACAGCCGGCAUAUUUAGGAGGAGAGAAUCUGGAGCUCCGAGAUUAUCAGCUAGAAGGUCUCAACUGGCUUGCUCAUUCUUGGUGCAAAAGUAACAGUGUAAUCCUUGCUGAUGAAAUGGGCCUAGGAAAGACCAUCCAGACCAUAUCAUUCCUCUCCUACCUGUUCCACCAACACCAGCUGUAUGGCCCCUUUCUUAUAGUCGUCCCUUUAUCCACCCUCACCUCAUGGCAGAGGGAGUUUGAAAUCUGGGCACCAGAGAUUAACGUAGUGGUUUACAUAGGUGACCUGAUGAGCAGAAAUACGAUACGAGAAUAUGAAUGGAUUCACUGUCAGACCAAAAGGCUGAAGUUCAAUGCACUUAUAACAACAUAUGAGAUCCUCUUAAAAGAUAAGACUGUGCUGGGCAGUAUUAACUGGGCCUUUCUGGGAGUGGACGAAGCCCAUCGGUUGAAGAAUGAUGACUCUUUAUUGUAUAAAACUCUGAUUGAUUUCAAGUCCAACCAUAGGCUCCUGAUUACGGGGACCCCUCUUCAGAAUUCCCUCAAAGAGCUCUGGUCCUUGCUGCACUUUAUUAUGCCGGAGAAGUUUGAGUUCUGGGAAGAUUUUGAGGAAGACCAUGGGAAAGGGAGAGAGAAUGGCUAUCAGAGUCUUCAUAAGGUGCUAGAGCCCUUCCUUCUCCGGAGAGUGAAAAAAGAUGUGGAGAAAUCCCUUCCUGCCAAAGUGGAACAGAUUCUCAGGGUGGAGAUGUCAGCCCUUCAGAAACAGUAUUACAAAUGGAUUCUGACUAGGAAUUACAAGGCUCUUGCCAAAGGAACAAGAGGCAGCACAUCUGGUUUUCUUAAUAUUGUGAUGGAACUGAAAAAGUGCUGCAACCACUGUUAUCUCAUUAAACCUCCUGAAGAAAAUGAAAGGGAAAAUGGACAGGAGAUUCUUCUGUCCUUGAUCAGGAGCAGUGGGAAGCUGAUUCUAUUAGAUAAACUGUUGACAAGACUUCGAGAAAGAGGGAACAGAGUCCUUAUCUUCUCUCAGAUGGUGAGAAUGUUGGAUAUCCUGGCUGAGUACCUGACUAUUAAGCACUAUCCUUUCCAGCGUCUGGAUGGUUCUAUCAAGGGAGAAAUCCGAAAACAGGCACUGGACCACUUCAAUGCAGAUGGGUCUGAGGACUUCUGUUUCCUGCUCUCGACAAGGGCUGGUGGCCUGGGAAUCAAUUUGGCUUCAGCGGACACAGUCGUCAUCUUUGAUUCUGACUGGAACCCCCAGAACGACUUGCAGGCACAAGCCCGAGCCCACAGAAUUGGUCAGAAGAAGCAGGUAAAUAUUUACCGCUUGGUUACAAAGGGGACUGUGGAGGAAGAGAUCAUAGAACGGGCCAAAAAGAAGAUGGUAUUGGACCAUCUGGUGAUUCAGCGCAUGGAUACCACUGGCCGGACAGUUCUGGAAAACAACUCUGGAAGGUCCAAUUCAAAUCCUUUUAAUAAAGAAGAGCUGACAGCGAUUUUGAAAUUUGGAGCGGAGGAUCUCUUCAAAGAACUUGAAGGGGAGGAAUCAGAGCCUCAGGAAAUGGAUAUAGAUGAAAUUUUGCGCUUGGCUGAAACCAGAGAGAAUGAAGUCUCGACAAGUGCAACAGAUGAGCUUCUGUCACAAUUUAAGGUUGCCAACUUCGCAACAAUGGAGGAUGAAGAAGAACUAGAAGAGCGUCCUCACAAGGACUGGGAUGAGAUCAUUCCAGAGGAGCAAAGGAAGAAAGUAGAGGAGGAGGAGCGGCAGAAAGAGCUGGAAGAAAUUUAUAUGUUGCCUCGAAUUCGGAGUUCCACUAAAAAGGCUCAGACAAAUGACAGUGACUCUGAUACUGAGUCUAAGAGGCAGGCCCAGAGAUCCUCUGCCUCUGAGAGUGAGACAGAUGACUCUGAUGACGACAAGAAGCCCAAGCGCAGAGGGCGCCCCCGAAGUGUGCGGAAGGACCUCGUGGAGGGAUUCACUGAUGCCGAGAUCCGGAGGUUCAUCAAGGCGUAUAAGAAGUUUGGUCUCCCUCUUGAACGGCUGGAGUGCAUAGCACGUGAUGCUGAGUUGGUAGAUAAGUCUGUGGCAGAUCUGAAGCGCCUAGGGGAAUUGAUUCACAACAGCUGUGUGUCAGCAAUGCAAGAAUACGAAGAGCAGCUGAAAGAAAAUGCCAGUGAGGGGAAAGGACCAGGGAAAAAGAGAGGUCCAACUAUCAAGAUAUCUGGGGUUCAGGUUAAUGUGAAAUCUAUUAUCCAACAUGAAGAAGAAUUUGAGAUGCUGCAUAAAUCUAUCCCUGUAGACCCUGAGGAAAAAAAAAAAUACUGCUUAACCUGUCGUGUCAAAGCUGCACAUUUUGAUGUCGAGUGGGGAGUAGAGGAUGAUUCUCGCCUAUUGCUAGGAAUUUAUGAACACGGCUAUGGAAACUGGGAGCUAAUUAAAACGGAUCCAGAGCUUAAGUUAACUGACAAAAUCCUGCCAGUGGAGACAGAUAAAAAGCCCCAGGGAAAGCAGCUGCAGACCCGAGCGGACUACUUGCUGAAGCUGCUCAGGAAGAGUCUGGAGAAGGAGGGGGCCGUGACGGGAGGGGAAGAGGCCAAAUUAAAGAAGCGGAAGCCUCGAGUAAAGAAGGAAAACAAAGCACCGAGGCUGAAAGAUGAGCAUGGAAUUGAGUUUUCAUCUCCUAGACACUCAGAUAAUCCAUCAGAAGAGGGAGAAGUAAAGGAUGAUGGCUUAGAAAAAAGUCCAAUGAAAAAGAAACAGAAGAAGAAAGAGAACAAGGAGAACAAGGAGAAACAAAUGAGUUCUAGGAAAGACAAGGAAGGGGACAAGGAAAGGAAGAAAUCAAAAGAUAAGAAGGAGAAGCCUAAAGGUGGUGAUGCCAAAUCUUCAAGUAAAUCAAAGCGAUCUCAGGGUCCUGUCCAUAUUACAGCAGGAAGCGAACCUGUCCCCAUUGGAGAGGAUGAGGAUGAUGAUCUGGACCAGGAGACAUUCAGCAUAUGUAAGGAGAGGAUGAGGCCUGUGAAAAAGGCACUGAAACAGUUGGAUAAACCUGACAAGGGGCUCAGUGUACAGGAACAGCUGGAGCACACCCGGAACUGCCUGCUGAAAAUCGGGGACCGGAUAGCCGAGUGCCUUAAAGCUUACUCAGACCAGGAGCACAUCAAACUGUGGAGGAGGAACCUAUGGAUUUUUGUUUCCAAGUUUACAGAAUUUGAUGCUCGAAAAUUGCAUAAGUUAUACAAGAUGGCUCACAAGAAAAGGUCUCAAGAAGAAGAGGAGCAGAAGAAGAAAGAUGAUGUGAUUGGUGGUAAGAAACCAUUUCGACCAGAGGCCUCGGGUUCAAGCCGGGAUUCCCUGAUGUCUCAGUCCCACACCCCACACAACCCUCACCCUCAGAAGCCUCAUUUGCCUGCCUCUCAUGGCCCACAGAUGCAUGGACACCCAAGAGAUAACUAUAGUCACCCCAACAAGAGACACUUCAGUAAUGCAGAUCGAGGCGACUGGCAGAGGGAAAGAAAGUUCAACUAUGGUGGUGGCAAUAACAAUCCACCCUGGGGUGGUGACAGGCACCAUCAAUAUGAGCAGCACUGGUACAAGGACCACCAUUAUGGGGACCGGCGACACAUGGACGCCCACCGUUCAGGGAGCUACCGACCCAACAACCUGUCCAGAAAGAGACCUUAUGACCAGUACAGCAGCGACCGAGACCACCGGGGACACAGGGAUUAUUAUGACCGGCACCAUCACGACUCCAAACGGAGGCGAUCCGAUGAAUUCAGGCCUCAAAAUUACCACCAGCAGGAUUUCCGACGAAUGUCUGAUCACCGCCCCCCUAUGGGCUACCACGGCCAGGGACCCUCGGACCAUCACCGCUCUUUCCACACAGACAAAUUGGGGGAGUAUAAACAGCCCCUCCCCCCGCUGCACCCCGCAGUCUCAGAUCCUCGCUCGCCCCCUUCUCAGAAAUCUCCUCACGAUUCCAAGUCUCCCCUGGAUCAUCGGUCUCCUUUGGAGAGAUCACUAGAACAGAAAAACAACCCAGAUUAUAACUGGAAUGUUAGAAAAACAUAAAGGACAGUUCGGGAAGAAGGGGAGUGCAAGAGUCAUUAAGCACCUGGAUGUUUUUGGUCUGAUCCACAGGAGCCAGUUAUCUAGACCAGUGAUGGCGUUUCUGGACACGCUGCUGCUGUCAGCUCGCUGCUGAAGGAGCACUUAAGGGAGUGGGGGACCUUUUGCUUGGUCCAGCUUUGAUUUGGGUCACCACUCCCGCACUUGGGCACCCCAUCCCAUUCCAGCCUUGUCCUGGCCUCCCACUUUGAUGGGUGCUAGGAGGAAGAGGUGACGUUUUGUCUACCAGCUUCACGGGCUGUUCCCCAGUGAAGGAAGAAAAGAUCUUAGAGUCGUGAAUGUUUUAUCACCAGGGCUGGUGCGCCCUGGACCUUGGCGCAUGGUCGGGGAAAGUGCGUGUGCAUGAAGGCUGCCGGGACCUGCUGGACAGCACGGGGUUUGGUUCACCAUGAUGUGACGGAUGCUGCUGUUGGGGAGCGGGG